AUACAAGUUUUAUUUUUUUUAAAUAUUCAUAUAUUUUUUUACAAUUUGAUUACAUUGAACACCUCUAAAGCCAUUUUGGUAUAUCGUGGCUUCCGUUCAACGCGCAAGAAGGCAUUGAAAAUAACACAUGCCUCCAUACACAUGGGUGCAUUCAUAUUAACGGUUAUUGCCCUCAAAACCGUAUUCGAUUCACAUAAUUUAGCCAAAACUCCCAUACCGAACAUGUAUUCGUUGCACUCAUGGUUGGGUCUAUCGGCCGUUAUACUUUUCUGUUUGCAAUAUGUUGUUGGCUUUGCGGCAUAUUUAGUACCAGGUGCUAAGGAAUCAUUGAAAGCUACUAUUAUGCCAUUGCACAUAUAUUUCGGUCUAUUUGGUUUUGUAUUGGCAAUCGCUUCGGCUUUGAUGGGCAUAACUGAAAAGGCGAUAUUUUCAGUUGAAAACUAUUCAAAUUUACCCAGUUCUGGUGUUAUGGUUAAUCUGUGUGGUGUUUUAUAUAUCGUGUUUGGUGGUUUAGUCGUUUAUCUGGCUACAAAUCCUGCUUACAAACGAAAACCUAUACCCGAAGAUACUGCUUUGCUAACAAAUGGUGCUGAAUAAAGUUUUUUUUAUGUUUAAACAAUUUUUAAUUUAAGUUUAAUUUUUUUUAAUUUUUUUGUUUAUUUUAGUUUUAUAACAAAUAUUUUUAUCACAAAGAAAAGCUCAAAUUUUUUACUAUAUAAAUUUAUAUAUAUUUUUUUAUAUAUAUAAAAAUUUUGUUUUUAUUGUUUAUUUCUUAAAAUUUACAAAAUUUUUUUGUACUUCAAACGAUAUGCACAAAUAUCUUAUUGGUGCUAAAAAAAAGAAAUUUGUGCUAAAAUCUUUUACUAAAAUUCUUAUUAUUACUUACCAAAUAUUAAAGAAAUUAUUUGUCUAUUUUAUUUAUGAGACAUUUAUCUGUACCAUUGAUUAGAACGAAAAAGAAAAUGAAUCAAAUUAUAACAAAAAAUAAUCGUAUAUAUAUAUGUAUAUCCCCCCACUGAUGUUUCAGAAAGUCACAAUUUAAUAUAAUAAUGAUGAUGUAUUAAAUACUAAUAAAAUAUAUAUUAACUAUACAAUAUUUUAUGUAAAAA